CAACUGUCCGCGAAAUUCCGGCCAGGUCUCCCCUCCAUAGCUCUCUCGAUACCUUCCGACAGCACCCUUCCCGCGGAAGCCCGAGGACGACGACGGCGAAGGAGACUCGUUUGGACCCGGAGCCAAAGGGAGGCCCUGCGAGCCUGCUUUGAGCGGAACCCGUACCCAGGCAUCGCCACCAGAGAACAGCUGGCCCAGGACAUCGGCAUUCCAGAACCCAGGGUCCAGAUCUGGUUUCAGAAUGAGAGAUCACGCCAGCUGAGGCAGCACCGGCGGGAAUCUCGGCCCUGGCCCGGGAAACGCGGCCCGCAAGAAGGCAGGCGAAAGCGGACCGCCGUCACCCGGUCCCAGACCGCCCUGCUCCUGCGAGCCUUCCGGCAGGAUCGCUUUCCAGGCAUCGCCACCAAGGAAGAACUGGCCAGAGAGACGGGCCUCCCGGAGUCCCGCAUUCAGAUUUGGUUUCAGAACCCGAGGGCCAGGCAUCUGGGCCAGGGUGGCAGGGCACCCGCGCACGCAGGCGGCCUGUGCAAGGCGGCCCCCCGCGGGUGUCCCCCCGCUCCCUCGUCAGUCGCCUUCACCCACCUCGGGGCGUGGGGAACGGGGCUUCCCGCACUCCACACGCCCUGCGCGCCGCCUGGGGCUCUCCCACGGGGGGGCUUUCGUGAGCCAGGGGACAGGCCCCUGCUCCAGCCCAGCCAGGCUGCGCAGGCAGCAGGAAUCUCCGCACCUGCCCCUGCUCGGGGCUUUGUGUUGGGUGCCCUGGCUCCUCUGGAAGUGGGACUGUCCCACCCUCCGGCUCCUCGAUGGCCUCUGCACCCCAACAAAUGCCAGAAAGACCAGGACCCGCAGCGCGGUGGCCUGCUGGGUGCGUGCUUGGUGGGACAGCCUAGGCCCGCUCGAGCUGAGUCACAGGACCAAGGUGUGCUUGAGCCACCCACGUCCCAGGGGAGUCGCUGGUGGGGCUGGAGCCCCAGGUCGCCGCAGGCAGCUCCACCUCCGGAGCCCCAGACCCCAGAGGCCUCCGCGUGUCAGGCACAGAUGCAAGCCAUCCAGGCGCCCUCCCAACCGCUCCAAAAGCCUCAGCGCUACUCUGCACUCCCCUCCAGCCUGUUAGAUGAGCUCCUGUCAGAGUUUCAGCAAAAUGCACAACCUUUCCUAGAUCCGGCGCCACUGGGGGAGAUGAAGGACGUGGAAGAGCCCGCUCCGCUGGAAUCACUCCUCAACCAGGAGGCACACCGGGCUCUGCUGGAGGAGCUUUAG